AGGUUCCUUAGAAAGAGAGCUUGGACGGCAUGCAAAGUUGUGAAAUAUCUGCAGACAGCACGGAUGAUCCUCUUAGUAGUGGCCUACGGAGAAGACGACAGCCUCGAAUAGUGGUUAUCGGUGCUGGGCUUGCCGGCCUGUCAGCAGCUAAAGCGCUCUUGGAAAGCGGAUUCACGGAUGUAACUGUCCUUGAAGCCACCGACCGAAUCGGAGGCCGCGUGCAAAGUGUGAAACUUGGGCACGCCACUUUUGAACUGGGAGCUACGUGGAUUCAUGGUUCACAUGGAAACCCAGUCUAUCAUCUAGCAGAAGACAAUGGUUUACUUGAAGAGACUACUGAUGAUGAGAGAAGUGUUGGACGGAUCAGUCUUUACUCCAAGAAUGGGGUGGCUUACCAUCUUACCAACAAUGGGCAAAGGAUCCCGAAAGAUGUGGUUGAAGAAUUCAGUGAUUUAUACAACGAG